GCGGCAGCCCCUGUGAGAACCGUGCGCCCAUUGGCUAGAGCAUGUCGAGACACUGACGCGCACGACGUCUCCCCUCUAUUGUUAUUGUGGUGUGCGCGAGAGGAACGGACAGGAUGCACGAGGAGACAGUGAGGCUGAUAAAAGGAUAAAACAACUGAGAAACAUCAAGCUAGCGCAGCGCUACAUAUGAGAAAUAAACGUUAGCUCACUACAUUACGGGAAUUCACAAAAACAUAGCGCCUAUGAAGACAGAGCACGGGGCUAAUACAAAGCGUUAUAAACACAAAUACCACCAACACGUAGAGCUAUCUGAGUAACGUUACAACACUUCAGGCAAUUGUCGGAUAGCUCAGCAGUCUUUCUGUCCAAGUUCUCCUCUCCACUCCGGCUGAUGUGGACUGAUUCAGAGCUGGGCCAUCAUGAUGCCAGUGAACUUUCUGGUCACUCAUUGGCUGACCAACUUAAUACCAGCAGCAUCAUGUCGGUGAACCCUCCAAGCAGCAAUGAUGCCUGCCUCAGCAUCGUUCACAGCCUCAUGUGCCACCGGCAGGGCGGAGAGAACGAGGGCUUCGCCAAGCGGGCCAUUGAGAGCCUGGUGAAGAAGCUGAAGGAGAAGAAGGACGAGCUGGACUCACUCAUCACCGCCGUCACCACCAACGGCGUCCAUCCCAGCAAGUGUGUCACCAUCCAGAGGACGCUGGACGGACGGCUGCAGGUGGCGGGGAGGAAAGGUUUCCCUCAUGUGAUUUAUGCACGGCUGUGGCGCUGGCCCGACCUCCACAAAAAUGAACUCAAGCAUGUCAAGUUCUGCCAGUACGCCUUUGACCUGAAGUACGACAACGUGUGCGUCAACCCCUACCAUUAUGAGAGGGUGGUGUCACCAGGCAUCGUUGGUCUCAGCCUUCAAAACACUGCACCAGGCGGCCUGAUCAAAGAGGAAUACAUCCAUGACUGUAUACAGAUGGACCUCCCACCUGGCAUGCCCCUGUCUGACCACCAAGCGGCCCUGAAGCUGCCUCCUCCGGACCACUACGGCCAGCCCUUGCCUCCCCCACAGCUGUCUUCUGAACCCCAUGGACCCCCACCUGUCACCAGAUACACUAACCUGCCUGUCUCACCCAAAGUGUCCGCCUCUGGCGCCAUGCUGCCACUGCAGGGCGCUCACGGGGAUGGCCGUCUCCAAACCGCAUCUCCGCAGGCUCAAGUCAUGACGCCGGCACCACGACCUCAGACCCCAACCCAGACCACUACUCAGCAACAGGCUGCCCAGCAACCCUCACAACCCCCCCACCCACAGCAACCAUCCCUACCUCCUUCUCACUCGCACGGACAGAACGGAUACAGCAGCAAUAAACACUCCCAGAGCCAGGCGGCCUUCCACAUUUGGACAGGCAGCAGCACAGCCUCUUACACUCCCAUAGGACCCCAGCAGAACGGGCGUGGCCACCAACAACCUCCCCUGCAUCAUCCAAACCACCACUGGUCUCAGCAUCAUGGCCCAACCUCUUUCCCUCCUUCUGUGUCCAAUCACCCAGGACCGGAGUUUUGGUGCUCUAUCUCUUACUUUGAAAUGGACGUUCAGGUGGGUGAGAUGUUCAAGGUGCCCUCCAGCUGCCCCAUAGUAACCGUGGAUGGUUAUGUUGACCCCUCAGGAGGGGACCGCUUCUGCCUCGGCCAGCUGAGUAACGUCCACCGCACAGAUGCCAGCGAGAGAGCCAGGUUACACAUAGGUAAAGGUGUGCAGCUGGAGUGUCGCGGUGAGGGGGAUGUGUGGAUGCGCUGUAUGAGCGACCACGCUGUGUUUGUACAGAGCUACUACCUCGACAGGGAGGCAGGCCGAGCACCAGGGGACGCUGUGCACAAGAUCUACCCCGGAGCCUACAUCAAGGUGUUCGACCUGCGGCAGUGUCACAGACAGAUGCAGCAGCAGGCGGCGACAGCUCAGGCGGCGGCUGCUGCACAGGCAGCUGCUGUGGCGGGAAAUAUUCCCGGUCCAGGCAGCGUCGGAGGCAUCGCACCGGCAGUUAGUCUGUCUGCAGCAGCGGGGAUCGGCGUGGACGACCUGCGGCGACUGUGUAUCCUGCGGCUCAGCUUUGUGAAGGGCUGGGGCCCCGACUAUCCCCGGCAGAGCAUCAAACACACCCCCUGCUGGGUGGAGGUCCAUCUGCACCGCGCUCUGCAGCUUCUGGAUGAGGUGUUGCACACUAUGCCUUUGGCAGACCCAGGGCCUGCAAACUGAGGACCAAGAACCAUGUUCAAAUUCCAAUCUGGAUUCUAUGAAUGUGCACACACAGACACACAUGUUUGGAUAUUUUUUGUUGCUUCAGGCCAAAUAUGCUAUCUAAUUGAUACAGAAAGCAAAUCAAUCAAAAUCAACCAAUAACACAUUAUGCUUGUAACAAUCAAUCCCACAUCACUCAUGGUGUCUCACACACACACACACACACACACACACACACACACACAUACAUUGUAACCAAAACGUCUGUAGCCACACAGACACAAAAGUGCUGAUGUCUUUGGGAUUUUUCUAUUGCUUUACUCUCUGCAGUCUAAACUCAAACACAAGGGAUCUCUGAAGGUUAAGAUUUUGAGUUUUGGUUCUGAUCAAUUUAUCUCGGUCCUAAAGACAUUUGUAUGCACUGUAGACAUCCAGGGACGUGUUUCAGAAAUCCAGUUCCCCGAUAUGCAAUUUGGAUUUCUUCUAAUCUGCACAUUCACUCAUGGAAUACACACAGACAUGUAAAAAAAAUCAUGCAUGAUUCAGCUGCAGAGGCGGCUGAAACACAAGUUAUCCAGGAGUCUGAAACACUCCAGACAGAUAACUGCAUACCUCUGGAACGUGCUGUCAGUAAAUUCCCACUGAACAGUUCUCUUUAUGUCUAAUCGACAACAGAACUGAUGUAUAAGUAUGGAUUAAGGAAACCAGUGUUAUGUCAUCUCUGUGCUUGUACUGUGCUCUUCUUCACUGUAUGUUGAUCUAAACUCAAACUGUUAGCAUUGAUAGCUGGUUAGCCCUCUUAUUAGCUCAGCUCAAGCUAUAUUAUUUUUCUACCAAAAGACUAAAAAGCCAAAAAAAUAUUUAGCUUUAAAGUAUUGUUGUUGUUCUUUGUAAUGAAACAGUGCUACCCUGUAUGUAACCAAAUGGUUGGUGUUAAAUCACCAAAGCCAGAAUACCUCAUAACUACAGUGCAAAGUCACAGUUUUAGUUUCUCCGCCUAAACCGCACACACUUUCUUCAUCAUCUGCAAGGGGUACCAGAAAUAAGUGCUAACAAUGAAGCUCUCUUACGGGACCAUGACCACAACACUCUAUUAGUACACUUUGUAUUAAUUUAGGUUUAUAAUGUACGAUGCUGUAAUGUGUACCGGCAGUACCAGGUACCUUGAGUGAUAUGUGUUAUUACUGUGGAACAGUAGUUAUACUGUAAAACUUCAAUUAAACGCUGAGCGCCAAUUAAAUGCAAAAUCCCUUUGACUGUCCGGGUGUGGCUACACGUUUUGACCAAUGAACACUGGUCUCAAUUAGACGUCAGGUCUGGUUUUUAUCAAAGUUCUUUGGAUGUGUAACACAUCUUAAAGCCCACUGGGUCGCCCACUUGAGCAGUUCUAAGCAUUGACAGUAUAUAAUGGACAGAGCUUCCAUGUCUGUGAAGUGAAGCCAACGUGGAAGUGUCUGCAUUCUAUGUAAAGGCCAGCAGGGGGAGCGCCAUUGGCUGCUAUAAAAAACUAUACCAUGCAGUCUUAUGGAAAAAUGACUCUGCUUCUGGCUUGAUUUAUGAACUCAGUAAACA